GUUGCUAUUGGCUGAGCGCGAAAAUUCAAACGUUGAAGAGAAAAAGUAAAGCCGCCGACGCGUCGUCGUCUUCUGAAGAAAGUCCGACUUACUGCAGCCUCAACUCGAGGUUUCAUGGAUAUCGCCAGUUAUCUACAGCGCUUCGAGAGCAGUCUCAGCUCGUACACCGGAGACGACCCUCUGGAGCCGUGGGACAAGUUUGUGGAGUACCUGGAGCAGAACCUACCUGCAGGCGGGGGCGGCGGGAUGUCGCAGGUGUUCGACGCUCUGGUCCAGAGGUUCCUGAACGUGGAGCGAUACGCCAACGACGUCAGAUACGUGAACCACUGCAUCAGAUGUGCGAGUUACUACUCCGACCCCGGCGCCCUGUUCAGCCACGUGCACGGUAAGGGCGUCGGCGCCUCGAGCGCCGCCCUCUACGUGGCCUGGGCCCGGCAGCUGGAGCAGAGGGGAAUGCACCAACAGGCCGAGGCCGUGUACCAGAGCGCCUUGGGGAACCGAGCCCAGCCGGCAGACGCCGUCCUCGGAGAACACCGGCAGUUUCAGGCGAGAACGACAAGCCAGACUGCAGCGCCACGGAGCAGCCACCCGUUGCAGAACCUCCUGCCCAACCAGCUGCCGUCUCCCAGGGAGCAGGACCCGGUGGACUGCCCUCUGAAACCAGCUGCGUAUAAAACCAUCGUCUCUCGCUCUGAGAACUUGGGCACGGCGCCCUCCGGCCGGGCCGCCAGCGCUCCCACCGCCUCGGCGUACAUGACGGAGGAGCUCGUCUGUGAGGGAUCUGAGCUCUGCUUCGAGGAAGUCAGAGCCCAGAAAUACUUCCUGAAGCUGCGGGAGAAGCAGGAGACGGAGGUCCGAGAGAACGAUGAGCAGAUGGUUUAUAAAGCCAAGAAGAUGCUGAGCAAGAUGGGAGAGCACGUCCUGAGCUAUAAGAGCACGCUGGAGAACCUGGAGCUCUCUCUGGGCUUGAGGUCUCACGCCGAGCCGACCUUCGUCCCGGAGGCCGAACGGCCUCGACAGCAGCUCCAAUUCAGAGCCGCCGAGGCUCCGAGCUGGGAGGUUUCCCAUCAUGCCCCUCACCCGGCCGACGCGAGCGUUCAUUCAGAGUCGUCUGCACCGACGUCGCCGCCCACAGACCAGGCGUCUGCUGACCAGACCUGGAUGCUCGAGUCCCGGUCAGUCCAGCGGCCCGACGAAGACCGCUGCCCCCAGGAAGCCGUGCAGCCGGAGGAGAAACUAAACGUGUCUCAGGGUGCCUCAGCCAACCUGUCUCACAAUCUGUCUCACUUCACGCCCAACAACUCGCUGGGCUACGUUCAGGCCACCCCGUCCAGGGUGCUGCCGUCCCCCACCGUCAACACCCGGGAGGCACUGGAUGUGAUCAUGGACAUGUUCCAGGCCCCGACGCUCCUCGAGGAUCCGCUCAGUCGUCCUUCGCUGCUUCACGACGCUCUGAGCGACUUCCAGCCAGGCAGCUCGUAUUCGGCGAAGCCGGCGACGUCGUUGACCGUCUUCCAGGACGAGCCGGACAAAGAGAACGCCGGCGCUGAGGCUCCGCCUCCUCUUGAGAAGUCUAAACCAAUCAGAGCGCUGGCAGAAAUCCAGUCCAAUAAACCGAAUGAGUCCCCGGUGGAGCCGACCCCAGACGAGAGCACCAUGUGGGGUCCUCGCUACAACUCACUCAACUCGCUGCACGCCUGUCCCAACAGCACCUCCGACUUCGCCAUGUUGGCUCAGUUCGUCUCCACGCCGUUCACUCACAAGGCGCCAUUCAGCUUCUACGAGGAGGACCAGGAGAACUGUGAUGGUAAAGAAGCCGAGGCCGCUGCUUUCCUCCGCCGGCAGCCCAAGAAGCUCAGCCCCAUCAUGGAGCUGAGUCCGUCCAACGACGCGGCCUUCAGUCAGCUGCUUCCUGCAGCCGCUGCACACGGCACCAUCGUGGGCGAAGGCCUGGCCUCGGCCCCCCACUGCCUGACCUCCUCCAUCACCAUGGUGGAGGCCCCGCCCCCCGGCGUGCUGUCCUUCAGGGACCAGACCCCCACGUGUCCCGCCGACUGGGACGUGUACACGAGCCCCGCACCGCCCCCCCCUCCGCAACCGGAGGCCUCAGUCGGACCCCGACGGGAACCGUUCACAAUCAUGGAGGACUUGGACAGACCCGCCAGUCCAGAACGGGUCCAGAGACCGCCAGCCGGCGACGUGCCCAUGAGCCCGGAGGGGGCCGCCCGGAGCCCCGAGCCGGACCUGGACGUCAUCCUGAGACCGCGUCUGCUCGCCGAAGUGGACCUGGACGUCCCCGUGAGUCCACAUCGGCCGCAGCUCUGUGCCGGCGUGCCCAUGAGCCCGAUGCCGGCGCCGUUCGGCGCUGAGGACGAACCCAUGAUGAGUCCCGACGUCGGGGGGCUGAGGCCGCACGCCACGGACGUGUCCAUGAACGCAGCGGAGGGGGAGGCGGCCGCGGUCCAGCUGGUGUCGGACCCCUGGGACGAGGACCGGAUCGCUCAUCUGCUGUCGUCGCUCAGCCCCCCUCUCACCUCGCACCCCCGCUGCAUCACCUGGUCCUGCAAGGUGCCCAACAUCUGCCCCAAGACCACCAUCAGCAUGGGAAAAGCGUCGCUGCGAGUCGACUGCGUCCUCGGAGAAGGAGCUUUUGCAACCGUCUAUCAGGCCACUGACCCCCUGACCUCAGAGAGGACGGUGUUAAAGGUCCAGAAGCCGGCCAAUCCGUGGGAGUUCUACGUCAACCUGCAGCUGGACGCCCGCCUGCAGCCCGACGUCCGCCGCCUGUUCAGCACCGUCCACGCCGCCCACCUCUUCCACGACGGCAGCGUGCUGCUCGGCGAGCUUCACAACCACGGCACCCUGCUGAACGCAGUGAACAUUUACAAAACCCUGAGCGACAAGGUGAUGCCUCAGCCGCUCGUCAUGUACUUCGCCGUCUGCAUCCUGCACAUGGUGGAGCAGCUGCACGCCGUCCACGUCAUCCACGCCGACAUCAAACCCGACAACUUCCUGCUGGGAGAGAGGUUCUUGGACAACAAGUGCUUCGAUCCGGAGAACCUGGACCACGGCCUCGUCCUCAUCGACCUCGGACAGAGCAUCGACAUGGAGCUUUUCCCAGAAGGCACUGCUUUCACCGCCAAGUGUUUGACGUCGGGCUUCCAGUGCACCGAGAUGCUCAGUGGGAAACCCUGGAGCUACCAGACGGAUUACUUCGGGCUAGCGGGGACCGUCCACUGCCUGCUGUUCGGGACGUACAUGCAGGUGAAGAACGAAGGCGGCGUGUGGAAGACGAACGGCGUAUUUCGAAGGAACCCCCACAGCGACCUGUGGCAGGACUUCUUCCACGCCCUGCUGAACGCGCCGGGCGGCGCCGCCCCGCUCGUCCUGCGGAGCCUCCGGCGCUCGUUGGCCUCGGCGCUGAAGCAGAACUACGGCAGCAAGCUGCCCGCGCUCAAGAGCCGCAUGAUGGUUCUGCUGCUGGAGAACCGCAGAGCCGCGCGGAGAUGAGCAGGAGGCGGGCCUUUGCUUUUUAUUGGAGUUGAUAUUUAGUGUCUUUUAAAUUGUUUGUGUGAUGAGGAAGAUUAAUAAAUCUAGUGUUUACGUUCUGGAGAUGAGACGCAAGUCAUUUUAUUAGUUUAGUUUUUAUUUGAUUCACAAGUUGUAUAUUUAUUUGUUCUAUAAAAAAGAAAACUGAUGAUUUUA